AUGUCAUUUGGUGGAAUUAACACAUUUCAACAGUAUAACACAGAUUUAGGGCUAGGUCAUAAUGGUGUUAGAAUAUCCUUAAAUUACUUUGAUGGUUCACCUGAUCCAAGUCUUUUAAACUCUCUGUACUCGAACGAGUUGAAACUUAUUUUCAAAUCUCUUUUGAAAAGAGAUGAAACGACAAAAGAAAAAGCUUUGACAGAUCUUUCCAAUCUGAUGAAAGACUUUGACCAAAAUGGAUGUUUUUUCGAUGACAUUUUUCUUCUCUGUUGGUCACAGAUAUAUCCUAAGCUAAUAAUCAGUGAUUACAAGUUUAUCAGACUACAAUCUCAUCAAAUUACUAUAACGCUUGUCAAAACUCUCAAGAAGAAAAUAUCCAAAUUUCUGAAGGAUUUUAUUCCCUUGAUUCUUCUGGGUACGUGUGAACUGGAUUAUAGUGUGGCUAAGCCUUGUUUUAAUGAAUUAGCAGAAUGUUUUAACAAAGACCCGGCAAAGAUCAAUGCUUUAUGGGUUGUCUUUCAAGAGCAACUAUUGGAUUUAAUAAAAGAAAUUGUUGUAAACGAAAAUAAAGAUAGCAUUUCGGAUGAACGUUAUUUCAGUAGAGAAGAAUCUGAAUUUAGAUACCAUAGGGUUAUAGCAAGUGCAGUAGUACUGCUAAUAAAAUAUUUUGUUCAUAAUAAAGAUACCUCAGAACGUAAAUCUUCCUGUAUUGAAGAAAUUCUUUCUGAUGAAUCAAUCUGGAAGUUACUGAAUUUAAAAAAUGGGCAAAGUACGAAUACUUACGAAACCGUUCUUCAAUUAAUUGAUGUACUUUAUACAAGUGGUUACAUGAUCUCUCACAAAGAUAUAAGAAAGAUAGCGGUUAAAAAAUUACUGAAAUCGCUGACACAUGUCUCAUCAAAGAAUAUUUUAAAAGUACGCUCUAUUCUCCCACCAAUACUAAAUCUUUUGACCACCCUAGAUAAUUAUAAAGAUGGGAAAAUUUGGACAUACGAUAAAUCUUCCAAAGAAAAACUACUCGGGUUUUUGUCUGUGUCAUGUAAUUCACCAACACCAGGAUUUUUCAAAGGUGUAUUGGCAUUGUAUUUAUCAACAAAAAGACACGGUUUACUUGACUAUGAUCUUGAAUGGCUUCCGAUUUGGCAAAAAUCAAUUCAAAAAUUGAAUGAGAAGAGCAUUUCUGGCAGAAAUGGCCCUAUGGUUCUCAAUGAGUUUUGGGUGAAUUUCUUGAAGUUUACUGAGGAUUCAUCAGAAAAAAAAGUAAAAGAAACAGUAGAAUUGGAGAUUUUAAGUACUCUGUCUAGCGGGAGAUCUUUAACUGAGCACACAGAAUUGAAUCACACUCUUUGUGGUGUCUUUCCGGCCUAUAAGUGGGAGCAAAAAAUUGAAGAUUACUUUACAUCAGAUGAGGAGACAAGAAAAAGAAAGGUCAAUUUCGAAAAGAAUCUUUUCGCGCUAUUAGUAAUUUCACCUAAUAACGAAUCUGCAAUCAAUUCUCUGUUUGAUUUUUUUGUGCACUUGAUUGAAGAAGAUCCUACAAAUGUCUUCAGGAAAUACAACGGUGUAUGUGAAGGCCUCAAUUAUUUUUUUGAUUCUAAGAUGGUUUUCCUAAAUGAGAAAGUAGAGAAAUUUAUAUAUGAAACUACAACGUUGGUUCAAGAAUCUACGUAUGAAAACUUUGCUGCUAUCGUUACACUUUACUCAAAUUCUAUCUUUUUUGAAAUGAACAAAAAUGCAAUUAUGUCGUUGGAAGACUUUUUUACUGUUGCUUUUUCUCUUGAUAUUCCGAAGGCAUUGAUUUUAAACACAAUGGAUAAGUUGAACAAUAAUGUUUACCAACAACUGCUGAAAUCAGAUUCUCUCGAAUUAGAGUUUUACAUUGAAGAUUACAUGAAAAGUUAUAACUUUGACGACAACGGGAAAUUAUUCAAAGGUAAGAGUAAAUUUUUGAACCAAAAAACUAUUUCCACACUUUAUCAAAGUGCAAUUGCCAAUGAUCAAUUUGAACUUUUUUGCACUUAUUUACCUCAAUUGGAUAAAGAGAUUUUUUCGAUGCUGUUGCUAAAUACUGACUUUCUUUCUUAUGCACUUUAUGAAAUUCCAGAAGAAAUCAACGAAAAACUAUUCAGGUCAUUAUUACAGUUGGCUAAAGAGAAUUCUACAAUUGCUAAUAAAUUGGCUCGGGUUAUUUUGCAUCAUGCUCAGGACCAUUUUAUUCCUGCAGCUAAAAAGAACUAUAUCAAGCACACUGUGGAGUUAAUUAAUAACUGCAAUAGUACUUCUUUCAUAUUCUUUCCCAUUGACACAGCCGAAAUUUUCGAAAGGUAUAUGCCGUCGAUUGAUUAUAGGUCAUCCUUGGUGAGCGUCUUAGGUAUUAAUACGCACUUGUUCGUUAAAGAAGAUAAAUCUAUUGACUUCAAAAACACGCAAAAGUUAAUUAGGUAUGCUCUGUUCUUAGAUUCGUUGCUCAAAGACCUACCAGAGUACGUCAAUAACCGUAUUGUUGUAUUUAUAACAGUAGUGUCCGAGCUAGUGACUGAUUACGAUUGCUUUUCAGAAGAACCAAUUGAUUUUUAUUAUGAUUUUAAAUACACUCUUUUCAAAUAUGGUGAGGUCAAUUUUGAUUUUUCUGCAGUUAUUGAAAGCAUCAUUCAUCCUACUAACAGUACAGAUGGUUUAUUUACCGUUGACACUGCAAAAGGUAAUUAUGUUUUCUUCUUUUACUAUUCAAGGGUGAUAUAUAAGGUUUUGUUAAACAGCAGUGACACGGUCUCGUCUGCGAAAUUAAAUGGUUUAUUACCAUUGGUUGAAAGUCACGUAACUAACACUGUAAAGAAACAGGAAUCCACCGACAAGGAUUACCUAUCAUGUGCUAUUCUGCUUUCAGUAUUUAACAGAGGAAACUCUAAAGAUGCCAUGACCAAGUUAAGAACAUUGCUUGCAGCUCAGUUGAUUGGAAUUGGGGAAGUGGAACUUGUCAAUCGGGAGUUCAAAUCGUUAGUCCUUUUGAAUAAUUUGUUGGAUAUCCCAGAUGCAGAUAACAGUUUUGUUCCUAUAGCUCCGCAGCGGUUGAACAUGGUAUUCCGUUCAAUGCUAAAAUGGUUGGAUAGUGAUAUUGCCUAUGAGCCUGAUUUUGUCACUGUUAGGUUGGUACUACUUGAAUUUUUUACCAAGUUGAUGAAGUUUGAGGGCGUUAGAGAUUUGGGUGUAACAGCUUUUGAACUCUCAGAGAGAUUAUUGGCAGAUUCUCUAUCAAUGUGUCAACUUGAUGAUACUUUAUUUUUAUUGGAGCUGCGCUCUUCCUGCUUGGACUUAUAUAAUACGUUGUUGUUCAGCGUUUCCAAAAAUGGUAAAGAAAUUUCAGAAUAUAGCGAUGAGAUCCAGGAAAGUUUGAUUGAAUUGGUCUUUUUACACUUCAAAAAAGAAAGAAACAACCAAGUGUCAACACUUUUCUACCAGAAAUUGUACAAAGUCAUUUCCACCAUGGAACUUAAGUACUUAAAGCCGCAAUAUACAAGAAUAUUCGACGUUGUUUUACACGACCAGAGUGCUGAUGGUAACAUCAAUCAAUUAAGACUAUUAAUAACUUUGUUGGAUCCUUUGGUCGUAAAAAUACAGCAAGAUAUUAUAAUUGAGUAUGAGUUGAAGGUUCAAAAACAAAUUGGAUCAGAUGAGGAUGGUAAUACUUCUAAUAAUGCUUCAGAUAAUGAUGUAAACUCCAAAUUCAAACUUCCUCUAGAGUUGUUACAAAAAGUCAUCCAUGAAGUGCCAAAAGAAUAUCUUGAAUAUGAGGAUAAAAAGUUUUUUAUAAAAUACUUGUGGUAUUGGCAUUUGAUACUAAUGUAUUUCAAAGAUACAUCCUAUAAUAUGAGACAAUUAUUUAUAGAGCAGUUAAAGGAAGCUGAUUUGAUCAAUAAAGUGUUUGAUUUCAUUACAGAUCAAAUAGAUUUACGAGAUACUGACUUUUGGAAACAGGUUGAUUAUAAUGAGAUAUCAGGAUAUGACAUUAUUGGAAAUUAUUUCUCUCCUUACAAAGAAGAUAUAUUUGAAGAAUGUAAAAAACUGUUGGCUCAUACACUUUAUCAACUUUUCAAUAAUGUUGGUUCUUUGACGAGCAUUUGGUGGUUGAAUAUAAAGGAUAGAUCUUUACAAAAUGAUAUUGAAAAAUUUGUCUCACAAUUCAUCUCACCAAUACUGAUCAAAAACGAAUUCGACGAUAUCAAUAAAAAAAUGGACCGCCUGACGUCGAAUGAUGAUGCAUUGACUAUUAAAUCAAACAGUAUCACUAAUGAAGUGAAAGCAAGUUAUUUGAUUGAUGAACAAAAGUUAGAAAUCUCUUUUAAGCUACCAAAAAACUACCCUCUAACAAAUAUUCAGGUCUCUGGUGUCUCUAGAGUUGGUAUAAGUGAGCAAAAAUGGAAACAAUGGAUCAUGUCCACACAACAUGUGAUCACUGGUAUGAAUGGAUCUGUUCUGGAUUCGUUGGAGCUAUUUACUAAAAAUGUUCACUUGCAAUUUUCCGGAUUCGAAGAAUGUGCUAUAUGCUAUUCCAUACUACAUGCCGUGGAUAGAAAACUGCCUUCGAAGACAUGUCCUACUUGUAAGAAUAGGUUCCAUGGAGCAUGUCUUUACAAAUGGUUCAGGUCAUCGGGCAACAACACAUGCCCAUUAUGUCGUAGUGAAAUUCCAUUCAGAAGAUAA